AUGAAAUACUUUUUACAGUUCUGGAUGAGUUCAAUCCACUCGUUUGUAGGGUCAGCAGAUGGGUCUUUGCCAAAGGUUAUCCUUGUUGGAACCCACAAAGAUAAACUCAGGGGAAAUAAAUACGAAAAAGAAAGAUAUAUCAAAACAUACUUUGAAAACAUAAGACAGAUAUUUGAUGGAACGGAUCUGUCUAACCAUAUUCAAUCUGAUGACUUUGCAGUUGACAAUACUGAUUCUAAAGAUCCUUCACUAAAUUCACUGCGUGAAACGAUCAUUAAAACCGGAGAUGAACUGUCACAAACACAAACAGUUGAAAUACCACUGAAGUGGAUUCAAUUGGAAAAGUCACUGCUGGAAAGAAAACACCUCAAACUUAUUUCAGUUAAGUUCGUCAUGGCGAUAGAUUCAGAAAAUGAGUUUCCUUUAGGUGAUAUGGAACAGGUCAAAUUAUUCCUUCGUUAUCAUCAUUCUAAAGGUACAUUUGUUUAUUUUGAUGAAGAACCAAUAUCAGAAUAUGUUGUGCUUGAUCCUCAGUAUCUCAUAGAUGCAUUCAAGUGUAUUAUCACAAGCGAAAGGUUUUGCACAAAUGAUCCUGAAAUCCGUCCACUUUGGAAGAUGUUACUGUCAGAGGGAAGACUUGAGAAACAGCUGAUUGAUCGCCAGUGGGGAAAACCUGAAAAUGAACUAGACAUGUUUAUGGAAAACAAAGAAAUUCUUCUUUCAUUUCUUGUGAAACAUCACAUUAUAUCGGAGGCAAAGGCUUUCGAUGAAAAGGCCGAACUAUCGACAGGCCUAGGUUGGUUUGUGGUCCCAAGUCUGUUGAGUGACCAUUCAUCGAGAACAGAAAAAAUAGAAUUUCUUAAUGGAAAGAAAUUUACAAAACUUCACUAUGUGUUAUUUUUCAAUUCCUCGCCAAUAUUGCCUACAGUCUACCAUCGUUUAGUAUCAGCUGCAAUAGGAAAGUGGCCAGUAGCAAAAGCUGGUAAGAAAACAUUACUAUUUAAAGAUAUGUGUAUAGUCAGACUGAACGUGGACCACGCCGGAAUAACAGAGAUUAGACAUGACAACAUUGAGAUGACAGUUGUUAGUCUAUGUCACACAACAGAUGUUAACAGUGAACAAGCUGACGGUUUUCGACGAUUUUUGAAAUCUGUAACCGCACAUGAAUUUCAGAAGCUACGGAGUACAGAAGAGACCAAUGGCAAACCAUACACCGUUAUGUUCCGAUGCAAUCACGGCAGUCAUGGUGCAAGUGGAAGUGAAAACCUAAUUUCCAUGGAUGACAUGAGGAGAGGAAAUGUAGUUCCAUGUCCAGACUUGAUGUCCCAUGACAUCGACAUUGAAAUGGCAAAAGAAGAGUGGUUUCAAGAGAACAAAAGUAUAACAGUCAUUCCAUACAAUCGGUUGACAGACAAAUUACUUAGCAGCUUGUCGCAGUGCAUUGGUGAAAACUGGCAAUUGCUUGGGCUCGAACUUGGGUUGACGCAAGUUCAGUUAGAUCAUAUUUUUGAAGACCAUCCACGUAGCGCUGUCAUGAGGAUAUAUGCCAUGCUUCAAAGGUGGUGUCAAAAAGAUGUAGAUAAAGCAACACUAACAGUACUUGUUGGAACCCUGCAACGAUGUACGCAUGUGCACGUUGAUUGGGACAAACUGAGAAACGUUAUAGAUGAACAAAGUUAA